UAAAGACCAUCUGAUCAUCUGGGUAACUGCAAAAGAUGCAUCAAAAGCCAAGAAAGGUUGAGUAAAGCCACAAGAGGACCCUCACACCACAUUUCCCCUUGGUACAAAAGUAAUGAUCAUCAAUCAAUCUGGUCACUUAUCCACGAGCAUAUUUAACUUGGAUUGAUGAUAUCUGCCUAUCUGGAACUGUAAAUUUUGUCAUUAUGAUAUUUCAGUUUUCACCUACAAAUUCAAACCAAUGUUCGAGUGUGAGUGUGUGAAUGAUUGCCUGCAAUCACUUCUAGUUAAGCUUCUUCAGUUAUAGGUUGCUGAUGUGUUGGAGUUGUAGUGGUUCAUUAGGUGUGAAGGUGAUGUGGCAUCCACACCAGAUGCCUUUGCUUUUCUUCCACCUUUUAGAGCUUACUCUCUAUAUUCCUUCCUCCUUAAACCUCAGCUUACACAACACUCUAAGCUACUUUCAUUUCCUUCCUCAACUCUCUCUCUCUUUCUCUCUUCUCUCACAUGGCAACAAAACCAGCUGAAGAACCUCCUGGAUCCUUGAAAUACCAGACAUGGGUGUUAAAAGUCUCAAUUCAUUGUGAAGGCUGCAAAAAGAAAGUCAAGAAAGUUCUUCAAAGCAUUGAAGGGGUUUACACUAUUACGAUUGAUUCUCAGCUGCACAAGGUCACAGUGACUGGCAACGUGGAGGCAGAGACCUUGCUCAAGAAGCUAUUGAGGUCAAACAAGCACGCUGAGCUUUGGCCAGAACCUAAGAAGGGGAAAAAGUCCAAGAAGAACAAACAGAAUGGUGAAGCAGAUGGUGAGAAUGGUGAUGAAGCGAAAAACUCUACUGAGAAAAACCAACAAGCUGAUGAAAAUGGUGGUGAUGAUGCUGAUGAUGAUGAGGGUGAGUCGGACAAAGAGGGUGGCAAUCAAAGCAAUGAAGCUGGUGGAGAACAAAGUGUUGGUGCUGCUGGUGGUGGUGGUGGUGCCAAAAAGAAGAAAAAGAAAAAGAAGAAGAAAGGGCUAAAUGGGAAUCCUCCAAAUGGCGGCACAGGCAACCCCGGUGAGCAUCACGGUGAUGCUCAUCCGGCUGGUGCUAAUGGGCCGCCGAUGGUUGGUCCAGACAUGUCUCACCCAAUGGCUGCCAUGAAUCACGGCCCACCGAUCCAACAUAUGUACCCGGGUCCAUACCCGCCACCAAUGUAUUAUCAGCCUCCUCCGGCCGCAUACGGGUUACGUUACAGUACGACGUAUCCAAGCACAAGUGCUUCAUAUUUUACCCCUGCUAUGCAUGAUAACACGUACUAUCAGCCGGACAUCUACUUGCCGUUUGAUCCUGUCGAUUCACAUACAGACGAUGAUGAUGAAACAAGCGGCUGCUACAUUAUGUGAAAAUGUUCUGCAAUAUUAAGACUAUCUUUAGUGUGUUCUGGGGAAAGGGGAGGCUUAACUUUGGUACAAUGUACUGGUUAAGAUAUGAAAUGGUUGAGCUUAGUGUAAUUAGGCUUAGGGGGAGAAAUAAAAAGGGCUUGUAAUGGGUUUGGUCUUCUAUGUGUUAGUGUUUGGCUGCUUGUGCACUCUGUGUUUGACUAGCCAAUAGAAAAUAGCCUUGUAAUGUAUUUUGCUAUUUGUAGGACCUAAAAAAUCUUCUUCUGCUCUC